AUGCCUCAAUUUUUAUGUGCUUCGCCUAUCUUGUCACUGGAAGAAUUGAAUGAUGCAGACACACUGACACUAGUGGAUAUACCGCUUGAAACCAUCAGGUCCGAGUUACAAUCUACUCAAUUCAACCCAAUCUCUCGGUCAUUAUCUCAUCUCACUGAUUCAACAGACCGCGACUCGGAGUGUAACUCCGCACUCGAUCCUUUUGUAGCUGAAAGUACCAAACAUUGCCACAUUCAAAACCCGUAUCAGCUCGCUAUUUAUCCAAAUCUUUUAGAAGCUUCGGGCUUUCCUGUUGCAAACCCAAAAGACAAGUUGCCUCUACGUUUUCCAAACAUUGAUUGCAGCACCAAGACUCGGGCAGAUUUAUCCAUUAAUGAUACUGCUUUUAAAGAUGCAUCUAAUGCAAGUCUUUUAGUUUUGAACAAAACUAGAGAGAUUAGCUUGGUUGAGCGACAAAACUCCACUUCUGGUGACACCUGUUUUGAUCAUGAUCAGCAUGCCAAUGUCGAGUUUGAACCAUCAAAGUCCGAUACUGGCUCGCUGUAUAAAUCUGGAAAUAAUCAUGGCAUAUUAGCAUUGCAUCGUAUGGAAAGUGGUGUCGAUUUGAGCGCAGACAAUGAUCUUGAUUUAUUGCCAUGUACCGAUAUAAAGCAGCCUUGUGGUUUGACAAAUGAGCCCUGUUCUGCCAUACUACUCAAAUCAUCUACAGUUGAUGAAAUACAAUCACUAUGGAGUGAUACUUUGAAACUUGAACAGCCUAUCGAUGCAUACCCAGCUACCCCUAUGCAGCACGCAAUGAUCAUUCCCACAAUGCAAGAUUCAGCCGCAUACCUGUAUCAAUUUGUUUUUCUUGCCAACUACCAACUAGAUACGGACAUGCUUGAAAAGGCGUUUUGUGCUGUGAUUAGGUCUCUGCCACUUUUCCAUUCAUCGUUUGUUACAACUACAUCUGACGGAAUCUGCCAAGUGGCAAGAUCGUCUCAAGACAGUGUCGAUUUCUCACUAGUUUCUGACAAGAUUGAACUCUAUAUUGAAGCAGACAAGACGCGAGGAUUUUCAUUGACCAAACGACACUGGGUGCGAAUGACUGUUGUAAAUGAUGGUGAUCGCCAGUAUAUGGUUUUAACGAUUCAUCAUGCAUUGUUUGAUGGUUGGUCUGUGCCUCUUUUUACCUUGGACAUGCUUACUGCGUAUGCAGGAUAUCCCAUUGAACAACGGCCUUGCUUUCAGAGUGUAGCAGAGUAUCUGCAGAAUCACGAUUCACGACCACAUCGCAAGUUUUGGAGUAGCUACUUGAAAGAUGCUUCCCCGUCACAACCACUCUCUUUGGGAUGGGUUCAUACUAAUGAUUCAAAUGCCAAUGAGAUCAACUACAAAUCAAGUUUUGGUAUGUUGGCUGUCAAAGACUUUGCAAAACAUAUUGAUGUAACAGCAGUGGUGAUUCUCAAAGCAGCAUGGGCUGCAACUCUACGCAAGUUCCAUCGGUCAAACGACGUCGUGUUUGGACAAGUUUCAAAUGGUCGAAAAAUCCCAGUCGAUGGAGUGGACAGGCAAGCAGAGCUGAGAUGCUUCAAUAGUGAUUGA